CUUCUUCCCGGUCAAUUUAUCGGAGUCGAAUCAGUUGAAGAGCUAACACUGGGCUGAGCUCUUCUAUUCCUUCCAUGGUACAAUUUCUCCGUCGACUCAGCUAUGGCGGCCUAGAGAUAUGAUGCUCUCCCUCCUUCUUGUCUGUUACUUCUCCGAUUCGUCGUCUCUUCCACAAGUUCGCGCCAAACCUGAUUCGUUUGCUCGCUCAGCGUCACGCUACUGACUGUGCGAUCUAGGGUUCCUGAUCGAGCUCAGAGAGAUCUCUGGUGCUGAAGCUUAUGUGGUGAACCGUCGGCAAUAAUUUUUUCAAACUAUGAGCGUUGUACCGAAGGAGGCAAUCGAAGUUAUUGCUCAGAGCAUCGGCAUUAACAAAUUGUCUCCCGAUGUUGCGGCCGCUGUGGCACCUGCUGUGGAGUACCGGCUACGGGAAAUCAUGCAGGAGGCAAUCAAAUGCAUGCGCCACUCGAGGAGAACUGUGCUGACAUCUGAGGAUGUGGAUAGUGCCUUCAAAUUAAGAAAUGUGGAGCCAAUAUAUGGCUUCACCUCUGGAGACCCUUUGCGAUUUAAAAGAGCUGCUGGGCAUAAGGAUCUGUUCUACAUCGAUGAAAAGGAUGUGGAAUUCAAAGAUGUCAUUGAUGCACCUUUGCCCAAGGCUCCUCUAGAAGCAGCAGUUACCGCUCACUGGCUUGCGAUUGAAGGGGUUCAACCUGCAAUUCCCGAAAACCCUUCUGCUGAAGCACUUAACACAGGCUCCGAUGGCAAGAAGUACGAAUUUAAGGAAGAUGGUAUCCCUAUUGACGUUAAAUUACCUGUUAAACAUGUGAUAUCCAGGGAGCUUCAGCUGUACUUUGACAAAAUUAAAGAACUUACUCUCAGUAAGUCCGAUUCUAUUAUGUUUAAGCAAGCACUAUUAAGCUUGGCCACUGAUUCAGGGCUCCAUCCUUUAGUUCCGUAUAUCACGCAUUUUAUUUCGGAUGAGAUUCCACAUAAUUUAACUAAGAUCCCGCUCCUUUUUGCUUUAAUGCGCGUUAUCCGGAGCAUUCUUCAGAAUCCUCACAUUCACAUAGAGCCUUAUCUGCAUCAAUUGAUGCCAUCUGUUAUUACCUGCCUUGUUACGAAAAGGCUGGGAAUUAAGCUGUCUGACAACCAUUGGGAUCUCAGAAACUUCUCAGCCAGUUUAGUUGCUUCAAUAUGUAAAAGAUUUGGGCAUGCUUAUCACAAUCUGCAGUCUCGUGUUGCAAGGACCCUUCUUCAUGCUUUCUUGGACCCAAAUAAGACAUUGCCCCAACAUUAUGGUGCCAUUCAAGGAUUAGCUGCUCUUGGACCUAGCGUGGUGCGGCUCCUUAUUCUACCAAAUAUCGAGCCAUAUUUACAACUUCUUAAGCCAGAGAUGCAGCUUGAAAAUCAAAAGAAUGAGCUAAAGAGGCAUGAAGCUUGGCGCGUGUACGGUGCACUGGUGUCUGCUUCUGGUCUAUGCAUGUACAAUCGGAUGAAGAAAUUCCCAACUUUGUUCUCUCCCCCCACUCGUUCUGUGCGGAAGAUCAACAAGAUUGCUCUUGCGACUUCGAAUAAACGGAAAGCAAGCUUGGACAACUUACGGCAGCAGCCUCCACCAAAAAAAGUGGCCACAGAAAAUGCGUCGGUGCCGAUGACUAUGAACCCACCAAUGCAGAUGGACAGGCAAGGCAUGUUAAGUGGGUUUUCAACAGCUAUGGGAGGUCCAAGCAUUGGUGGGAUCCCACCCAUGUCAAGGCAAUUGUCUAUGGAGAGCAUUCCGGGAAGAGAAGGCGACAGUUGGCCUUCAAAGGCUUUGAGUGUCUUAGCCCAGGCUUGGAAAGAGGAUGUGAAUGCGGGUCAUUUGAUCGCUUCACUAUAUGAAGUCUUCAAUGAAGGAAUGCUUCCAUUCACCCCUAAACCCGAGCUGCUAAUGUUUAUCUAAUAUUUGCCUGUAGAAAUUGGCUGUUGCUGGUACCCGUGAAGUGUAAAUUUUUGCUUGCUGUUAUAUAUUCAGGCAUGUGUAAUUUGUCAUGUGGAAGUUCAUAGAUAGCAAUGGCUCAGAGGUGAUUCUCAAUUUGAAA